GGAGCAGCUAGUUGGCCUUGGAAACAUGGCGUCGCACUGACAGCUGAGAGCUUCUCAUUAUCUUCUCCAGCAACUGACACAGCGCCCCGGGCCGUUAGCGAACCGGUUCUCGGUCCCCAAUAUAACCGUUUUAAAGCUUACUCCAGACGCGGUCUUUGUCCCGAGGACACUGCCGUUUAAACGCCGCGGCAAAAUAACGGAUUUAGUGCGGCUGUCACGCCCACUCUGCUCGGUAACGAUACGGUGAGUUAGCAUUCCAGCUAACCAGACGGCUAGCAGGAACCCGUUAGCGCCGUUAGCACCGUUAGCACCGUUAGCACGACACGACCACUCAUGUUAUGUGAAGAGGAUCUGCCACCACCGACUGUUCCCUGCUUGGCUGUCCGCCGUUAGCUUCCACCUUAGCAACAGCGCGCUCCAUCGGCCGUUAGCUCCCCCCUUAGCAACGCGGUCCGCCCCGUCCAUCGUCAGAUAAGACGGCGACAGUUAACGGCGGUUAUGUUAUUGUGUGAGCUAGCUUCGCUAGCCGGCUAGCUUGGGCGUUUCUGUCACCCUGCCACUGCAUUUUUAAUGUUCGACCCCUUUGGCUUCACUGUCGGAGGAGAGAGCGAUGGGCUCCGGGGCGGUGGAUUCGUCCCAGUGGCUUUCGGUGAAGGAGGAGACCAUUUUCCUCCACGACGGACUCAUUCGGGUCACGGAUCUGGCCGAACUGCCCAGUGAAAUAGGAGUGUCGGAGCAGGGGGACACCGAGCAAGAGAUUCUGACCUUUGAGACCAAGAAUCCGGUGGAGCUUGCUGAGCGUCUGCGAGCCGUCUGUGGGAAUCAGAGCAACGCGUACGCGCGCCUGCUGGAGUACCGUCUGAAUGCUCUGCGCGGCCUGUGGGGGGCGCAGCGGCAGCUGGCCCUGGAGGAGCAGCAGGAGCGCGAUGGGACCGGAGGGGCUGACGAGGAGACCUUGGCCUUGCUCAAAAGACAAGGUCUGCUCCAGCAACCCGAGCAGGCGCCCUUCACCUCCCGCGUCGGCCUGCUGCUGGUCUUUCCCCUCCUGCAGUCCCAGACGCGCAGCGACCCGGCGCUCUGCGGGGUCACGGCCGAGGUGCUGCUGGCCUGCCUCCGGGACUGCCAGCCGCUCAGCCUCAGCAAGGAGCCCGCCGACUGCCUCAACGGCCUGGAGGGGCUGCUCUGCUCCUGGCUGGAGGACGGCGCCCAGGAGUCAGGCCACCCGCAGGUCCUCCACACACACAGGCAGAGGGAGAACGCUGCUGCUGCACUCGUAGCACUGGCCUGUGCCAGGGGAUCUCUGAAGACCUUCAUCCACACAGUUCACCUGCUGCAGAAACAGACCGACCUGGGCCAGCUCCCCGUGUCUGAUGUCCUGUACAGACUCCUGCUACUGGAAGGAGGCCCGGGCUCUCCAUCCUGCCUCCUGGGGGGCAAACACAGCGUGUCCUGGGGCUUUGAAGACAUGCUGCCCACACCGGACAAUUCAGCUGGAGCGGCAGAGAGUAAAGACACAGACCUGGGCCGCUGUCUAGCCACAGACGGACUCUACCUGUACACCACCAACUCCUCUGGGAGGGGACUCAGCAAGCUGGGCUCUGGUCUACACGGGACACUGAGGGGUUUUGUGUAUUGUCGAAAUGAAGAGCUGGAGCCCGGCUGGGUGGUGGUCUGCAGCGGGCGCCUCCUCCAUCGUCCCUCCUCCUUUGAUGCCAAGCCCCAUCAGCUGUGCCAGGUCAUCGACCCCUUCACCCUCCAGGUGUGCCAGAUUGUGCCCAUGCCGGUGCACCACUUCCCUGUUGGCAGCAGCAUGACCACGCUGCACCUGUGCUCCGAUGGAACCUACCUGUACUGGGUCUGGUCCCCAGCCAGCCUCAACGAGAAGACACAGAAGGGACACUCCGUCUUCAUGGAUGUCUUUCACCUCUCUACACAGACAGGCCUAUGUGUUGCAGACAUCUUGCAGGAGAGAGUUAUUCUAACUCGCAAGGAAGGCGAGUCCUCAAAGUGCUUGAAUGAGCUUCUCCUGAGUCGAAUGUCCCGCUUCCGGGCGUCCCAUUCGGCCACGCUGGCUGCUCUCACGGGCUCGGCCAUCACCAACACCGUCAAAGAGGAACAGUCUGUGGUCAACACUAGCUGUGGCCUCCCUCUGAAGACGCUGAGAAAGACCCCGAUGUAUGUGUGUGGGACCUACCUGGUGAUGCUGGUGUCCCCCCCGGGGGUGUCCGGGAGCUCCGCCACACGCUCCCUGUUCGGAGGAACCAGCAGCCUCUCCUCUCUCAAAAUUCUAGCCUCCAGCCUCGUGUUCAGCCUGGCGGACGGUCAGUUCAGCAGCCGGGCGGACCUCAUCGACGCCCCGGGCAGUUCUCUGGGCCGGGGGGCCCAGGUGGCGGGGCUAGGAGCGUGCUACGAUGCACUGAACAACUUGAUCUGGACCUGCUCCAGCGACUACAUCGACCAGUGGUGCAAUCCCGGGAACCAGGCCUUUCACCACGUGUGCCAUAGGCUCGGUGUCAGCCACGUCAUCAAGGAACCCAAAGAGGAAACAGUUGCCACCGGCGACGUGAUCAACCAGCUGCUUCAUCACGUCGGCGCCAUGUGCAUCCAUCAGCUCAACCUGCUGGCGGCCAGCAGCAACAGCCUGCCGCUGGGGGCGCUGCUGGGGAAACAACAUCCCAUCGAGGCCCGCCACUUCAGCAGCAUCUGUGACAUCAUGGAGAAGGCCAUGGUCAACGGAGACACCUGCAUCAUACGCUGCAUCUUGGUGGUGUUCCAGGUGGUGUUUAGGUUUUUCAACCCUCAGUCGGAGCAGAACAGGGAGAGUGUGCGCCGCUCAGGCCUCCUCCUGUGGCAGCUCCUCAUGGCUCCAGUGGAUCAGAUCGGAGCAGAGAUUCAGAUGGAGGUGUGCCUGGCCAUCAGCUCAGGCUUGAAUACGCUGUAUCAGGGGGAGGCUGAACUCAAGAAACUGCUAAAACUGGUUUUAACUGAAGGUGAAAGGAACAGCGGCCUUUCUCAUCUUCGUGAUGUCAUCCUCACCAACCUGGCAGACCAGCUGCAGAAGAAUAGGUUUGGGAGUGAAGAAGAUGACCACUACAGAUUGAGUGACGAGCUGCUGCACUGCAUCCUGAAGACUGUGGUCCGGGAAUCCUGCCUCGUCAUCACCAAAUGUCAGACUGUUGCCCGGGACGACUUCCAGAAGCUGCUCUCCACUGUGCCAGUGGUCUCGCCCAGUCUGCGCUACCUCAUGGCGGUUCAGAACCACCUGCUCAGCAACACCGUUCUCAUCCGUCCGGAUGACAACGACGACAGCGACAGCUCCCUACAGGGGGAAACAAUGAAGGUACAGGAGCUGCAGUGCAGCAUCCUCUCCCUGGCAACCAAGAUCUUGGUGGGAUGUGAUGAAGUGCUGGAGACGCUGCAGCAGGUGACCACCGCGCUCAUUAACAGCGACAUCGCCGACAGAGAAACCAGGUUGAAAGGUCUGGAACAGGUAACCAAGGCCACUAUGCUGGGGCACCUGCUGCCCGUGCUGCUGACCUCUCUGAUGCACCCCAACCUGCAGACCCUCACGCUCGCCGACGCCCUCAUGCCUCAGCUGGUGCAGCUGGUCCUCUACACCAGUCAGACUGCCCUGCUACUAAAGACUCAGUCUCCCCUUUUUACUGAAGAACCUCCACCUAUAGGGGGCUGUCUAGAUCCGGGGGCGAAGGCAUGUGCUGCUGAUGACAAAAUUCUUGAUGAACGUGAGGAGCCUGGUUUCCUGACUGGGCUGAAGAUCCCCGCCCCGUGGGCUGCUGGGAAGACCGUGGAGACGGUGCACCCUGUGAGGGACAAUUACAAGUUCAAGGAGACGGUCCACAUCCCAGGAGCCCGCUGCCUGUACCUUCGCUUUGAUUCUCGCUGCUCCUCACAGUACGACUACGACAAGCUCGUUAUCUACGCCGGCCCCAACACCAACAGUCGUAAAGUAACCGAGUAUGGAGGGAACACUCUGGGAUACGGCAGUCGCAGCGUCUUGGGGACAGGCUGGCCCAAAGACCUUGUCAAGGUUGAAGGAGACACUGUGACGUUUUCCUUCGAGAUGAGAAGUGGACGUGAACACAACACGCCCGAUAAAGCCAUGUGGGGGUUCUCCUGCACUGUCAGAGCUCAGGAGUCAUCGGAGGAUGUCUCUGGAGGCCUCCCGUUCCUGGCAGACCUCGCCCUCGGUCUGUCCGUGCUGGCGUGCUCGAUGCUCCGUAUUCUUUACAACGGACCGGAGGUGGCGCGGGAGGAGGAAGCCUGCCACGACCUGCUCUGCUCAAAGCUGCUGCAAAGGUGUCAGUGGCAGGUGGAGGCCAACGGUGCGAUCUCUCCCGCCCUCACGCCCAGCCCUUCACCUCUGCCGCUCACUAUCGAGGAGGACCGGGAGUUCACCUACCCCUCCGACGUGCUCAUCCCGCCCCCGGGCCUCAUGCCGGGGACCUACCUUGACUUGCCUCGAAUCCGCCUCCCUCCAGGCAUCAUGGGAAGGCUGCGAGAGGUGUCUGGAAGGGCUCGACCGCAAUUCCGUCCUAGCAUCAAGGACGUGAUCAGGCCUGAUGUUAUGGAGGAGGUUAUAGUUUCCUGUGUCAUCAAACACCUGAGCCUGAUGGACGCCCUGCAGUCGCUCGUCAACUACCAGUACCGCGAGGACCACGCCGAGGAGUACGACCUGGUCUGUAAGAUCAUGGUGGAGACCUUCAAGAAGAUCAACUCCAUGGAGCGCCAGCUGCAGGUGAGCGUCUGCUGCACAGGAAGGGUUUUGUACCAGAACAAGAUUAAGGAGCUCGAGCUGCUCUGCUCCCUGAAGGAGGUCCCGCUCGAUUUCAGCGAUCUGGAAAACGUCGUCCUUGCAUUGAGGGAGAAGUUCUUCCAGGAGGUAAACACCACGCGCCUCAGAAGUAGCACCGCGCUGGCCAAGACUAAAGGCCUGGUGAAGAGUCUGAUGAACCGCACGGAGCUGCUGCUCCACGUCACCAUCGCUCCACACUACAGAAGCCUGACCACCACGCCGGCCGGCACGCCAGGGGCCGCCUCUAAGUCCGUGUCAGAUGCCAAGACGGUGAUCCCCAUGGUGAAGCAGCCCGUCUUCCUCCGCAGCAUGUCGGCACCCUCGGACCUGGAGAUGAUUGCUAACCAGGACCUUGAGUUCACACACGCGCCCCAAAGGAGGCGCCACCACCCGACCAGCCACCGCAGCAGCUCCUUCACGCUGCUGCAGUCUCUGGCCGUGGAGGACAGCCGGGACAAACCGACGUACAGCGUGCUGCUGGGACAGCUCUUCGCCUUCAUCGGAACGACCCCUGAUCAGGCUGUUUCCAGCAGCAGCUUCCUGUCUGCUGCGCAGACACGUUGGAGACGCGGCAGCACGCGGAAGCAGGCGCUGGUUCACAUGAGGGAGCUGCUCACGGCCGCUGUGAGAGUCGGGGGGGUCACCCACCUGGUGGGGCCUGUCACUAUGGUACUGCAGGGGGGCCCAAGGAUCGAGGAGCUGACCUGUGGUGGCAUGGUGGAGCAGGUGCAGGAGGCCUUUGGGGAGACCAUGACAUCCGUAGUGUCACUAUGUGCUCGCUACCCCAUAGCCUGUGCCAACAGCAUCGGCUUGCUUUGUACAAUCCCCUACACCAGGAGUGAGGAGCAGUGCCUGGUUCGGAGCGGUCUGGUCCAGCUCAUGGACAGCCUCUGUAGUUUAAGUGGUCAGAGGGAAUGCAGCUCAAACGAGAAGCAGACCAGGAAGCAGAAGGUGGCCACCAUGGCUUGGGCUGCUUUCCAGGUGCUGGCUAACCGCUGCAUCGAGUGGGAGAAGGUGGAAGGUGGCUCUACAGACGCAGUGCAUUCUGGUCUGGCUCGGCAGGUGUCCAGCCUGCUGACCAAUCACCUGGCCAGAGCUACGGAGUGCUGUGGGAAUCAGGCCGCCGGCAACGACGCUUUGCAGGACGUGCUCAGUCUGCUCAAUGACCUGUCCAGGAGCCACAUAGGGAAAGCUAUCCUGAGCCAGCCGGCGUGUGUUUCUAAGCUCUUGUCUCUGCUGCUUGACCAGAGACCUUCUCCAAAGCUGGUACUUAUCAUCCUGCAGCUGUGCCGAGCCGCCCUGCCUCUCAUGAGUGUGGAGGACUGUGGUAACGUGGCCCUGCCCUCGUGGAGCUACUCCAUCAACACGCUAGAUGCUGAGCAACAAGAUGCUAGUGACCCAGCCUCGCGCAUUGCUGCCUUGCUGCUAGCAAAGCUGGCAGACUAUGUAGUACCAGGGUGCCAGACGCUGCUCUCCCCCAGCUCCUCUGAGCCAGACACUAGUCUGUCCCGCACCAGUUCCAAAGGAGCUCUGAAGUCUGAAGACGUCGGCGAGGAGGGAGAGGCGGUCGACGGAAAGCUCUCAAUCUUCAUCCACAAGAGAGAUGACCAGUCGUCUCAUGAAGUUCUGCAACCGCUUCUCAGCAGCUCAGAGGGACGUCCCUUUCGCCUCGGCACUGGUGCAAACAUGGAAAAGGUUGUAAAGAUGGACAGAGACAUGACAAAGAGUGGCAGCUGUGAGGUGAUCACAGAAGAGGCCUCUGCUGCCCUGAGGAAGGCCAACAAGUGGGCCCAGUCGGGUCUGAUAGUGAGCGUCGGUCCGCCCGUGGAGACCGUAGCUCAGGAGGCCGCUGGAGGCAUCACCACCGGGGACAAGAAGAAAACCGCUCAGACCGCUGUGUGCAGGGACAGGAACGCGGAUCUGGCCAGGUCGGACCCCGUCAGGCCGUUCAUCAGUGGCCAUGUUGCCAACAGCAUGGCUGCCGAGGUCAUUGCUCUGCUGCAUAGCCUGCUCACUGCCCCCGAGUCCAACACCGCUCAGAUCUGGACCAGCACUGCUGAAAAGGUUCUCUCCCGGGCCCUGAUGUUCAUCCCUCAGCUGGGGAAGUACGCUGAGAGUAUUCUGGAGAACGGGAGCAGCAGUGGGAGGAAGCUGGCUAAGCUGCAGGCGAUUGGCAGACAAGCUGUUGCUGCACUUUGUGCCCUCGGGGGCUUCAAAGAAACUAUUAAGAUCGGCUCAGAGGUCCAGGUGGUAGGUAAAGGAGUGCUGGGCAGCGUCGGCAUCGUCAUCUCCAUCAAUGAGCAGGAAGGCAUCGCUACCGUCAGGUUCCCGUGUGGCGAGUACAGGAGAGCUUGCCAGGCCUCAGACACCCUGACAGUCCCUAUAUCUCGCCUUUGCACGCCCAGAUCAGAGGCGCUCCCUCUCUAUAAGCUCUCAAUCACAGAAAAGGUCGUGCAGGCGGUGCAGUCCAUGCUUCUGCCACACGAGGGCAGUCUGUCCAUCCACACGUCUCUGCCCGCUACAGGCGACGGCUCCAGCCCCGUCAUGGCUGCAGUUCGCCUGCUGGCGGAAAUCAGAACCCGGGCGUGCCUGGUGAUGGCGCAGCUCCUGGAGGACAGCUCCUUCUGCGAGGAGUUCAUCCAGCAGUGUCCCGCUGCUGUGGAGGUUCUCAACCUGGUCGCCCAGGAGUGCUGCCCUGGGGAGCGCCUCGGCAUGGUCGAGGCUCAGUGUGAACGCGUCAGGAUGCUGUACCGGGACUGUGCUCGGCCGCCGCCGCCCCCCCUGCAGACAGACCGACGCCAGCCCAAGGAGAUCACCUGGUGUCCAUCUCGAGUCUUCCCUCCGGUCCGGGCCUGCAUGUUCUCGUCCCGUCUGACCUCGGUCACCUUCCUGGCCGAUCCGAGCGCUGGAGGCGGGCUGCCCAGAGGCACCUUCAUCUACGCCACCUGUCCUGUACCAAUCCAGGCCCCGUCUUUUUACUGGGAGAUAGAAAUUGUCUCCUAUGGAGACUCCGAGGAGGACAGCGGCCCGAUUGUGUCCUUUGGUUUUGCCACCGAGGCGGAGAAGAGAGACGGAGCGUGGACCAACCCCGUCGGCACUUGUCUGUUUCAUAAUAAUGGUAGGGCAGUGCAUUAUAAUGGCUCCAGUCUGCUGCAGUGGAAGAGUGUCAGGCUGGAUGUGGCUCUACUUCCUGGCGACGUGGCUGGAAUCGGCUGGGAGCGUUCGGAGGGCACUCCUCCCCCCCCUGGCCAGGCCCCCAAAGGCAGGGUCUACUUUACCUACUGUGGCCAGCGGCUAGGCCCGAUCCUGGAGGAUGUAGCUGGAGGAAUGUGGCCCCUGGUACACAUUCAAAAAAAGAACUCAAAGAUCCGUGCCAACUUUGGAAGCCGGCCGUUCGCAUACGCAGAAGGCCAAGCACACAGAAAUGCGGCUGACUUGUGUGUAGAUCUCGCGGAGGAAAUAAGUGCAAAUUUUGAAGCGCUGCCCUUUGCUAUGGCCUCAGACAGCGAUAACGAUGCAGGUGCGAGCGUUACCUCCGACUCCGGCUCACAUGGACCCCCUUGUCGGAUUGCAGCCGUGGCAGUUGCCCAACAACAGUACAACAGCGACCUGUCGUGCCAUUACAAGUUCGAGCUGAGCUACGAGAACCUGGUCACCUCUGGGCCCGACCCGCACCCUCCUCCCAUCGCUGACGAUGAGAGUGACGAUGAGGAUGAUGAUGAUGUCCCAAGGGAGGACCACUACGCCCUGCUGGUGAAGGCCUGGGAGACCAAAGUGUUCCCGACCAUUCGGAGGCGCUUCCGUAACGAGGCCGAGAGGAAAUCUGGCCUGGACCAGAUCAAAGGAGCUCUGCAGCUCGGCAUGGUGGACAUUGCGAGACAGACAGUGGAGUUCCUGUAUGAAGAGAACGGCGGCAUUCCUCGGGACCUCUACCUCCCGACCAUCGAGGACAUCAAGGACGAGGCCAACAAGUUCACUAUUGACAAAGUUCGCAAAGGCUUGACUGUCGUCAUCCGCUCUCCGGACAGCAACAACACCAACAGCACCACAGGAGGGACGGCCCUGCCCAAGUUUGCCAUCAGGGGCAUGUUAAAGACCUUUGGUUUGCACGGGGUGGUGCUGGAUGUGGACUCUGUGAAUGAGCUGGUGCAGGUGGAGACCUACCUGCGCAGUGAGGGGGUGCUGGUGAGGUACUGGUAUCCUAUUGAGAUGCUGGAGCGUCCGCCAGCUGGAUCUCGACGGACUGCAGCUAAUGGCUUAGUGUCACUGGACAGCAGCAACAUUCAGAUUCACAGGGAACUGCUUCGCUGUGAGAGCGCGCUGGCUCAGUUGUAUUGUCGGAUGGCGCUGCUCAACAUCUUCGCCCCGAAGAGUCCCCACACCUUCACUCGUCUCUUCCACAUACCUGCCAUCCGUGACAUCACCCUAGAGCACCUGCAGCUGCUGUCCAAUCAGCUGCUGGCUCCGCCCCUCCCUGAUGGGACUAUUAGUUCCAGUUCGAUCCUCCUGGCCCAGUCGGUGCUUCACAACCUCCAGGGCCAAAGCUGCUCCCCCUCAGAACUGUUCUACCAGGGCAACGCUCAGCCCAUCCAGGAGUGGCUCACCGUGGCCAUCACCCGUGCCUUGCAUCAAGGAGAGGAAAGCCUGCUGGAGCUCACCAAGCAGAUCUGCUGCUUCCUGCAGAAUGCACCCGAGCAGUUUACGUCUGAGGAGUUUCCUGUGACGGAGUCAAAGGUCAGCAUGGACGUCAGCUUUCCCGGCGCUGCAUUUGUGAUCGUGUCCUGCAAGGAGAGCCAGCUGGGAUGCCGCAAAGACUCCAGCCUUUACAAGGCCCCCUGGGCUCGAGUCAUGGUGUACGGCCUGGGUCACAAAGUGCGUAGAAACGGCCAGCUGAAUCUGAUGGAGGCCAUGUGCUAUCCACUGGAUGCCUCACCUACCAACACAGGCCUUACUCCCCCUCCCACCACCAACCAGUACCCCUCUGUCAUCAUCCCCACUGAUAAGGUGCACAUCAAACUGGGCGUGUCGCCCCCUCCCGGUGCUGUGCUGGUGCUGCACUCCUUGCCGCUGGAGUUUCCUCUGGCCAUGGCGUUCGCUGAACAGCUGCUGACGUGGAAGCUGGGAGAGAACGGCGAGCGGUCUGAGGACGAGCUGGACACGGUGCCCUCGUCUGUGCUGCUGCAGGUGGUGGAACUCCUGGGCGGUUUGCUUUGGACUACUGAUCUGGCUCCCUCCAUUAAAGAACUCCUCUUUCACUUGCUGGCUGAGCUUCUGCGAAAGAUCCACCACCUGGAGCAGCGCAAGAGCCCCGCGGGCCUCUCCAGCUCCAUCGCUCUGCUGCUCAACCCGUGCCUCGCCGUGCUCAUGGCCCUGCAGACAGAGCUCCGCAAGCUCUACGACCGGGAGACCCAGGGGUGGACCGCUGGGGGGGCGGGAGCCGGGGGGUCGUCCUCUGGAGGCGUGGCGUUGGCUCUGGGGACGGACCAGAGCCGCUUCUCCACCUACUUCCACGCUCUGAUGGAGGUUUGUCUCGCCGUGGCGGAGGUGACUCUUCCUCUCAACGUCGGCGGUUCUUCAGUGGGCGCCCUGUCCUCCACCAGCGCCCCCAACCUCAGCGACUCGUCUUCGUCCUCGUCAUCGUCCCCGGGCCAGACGCCGCAGAGCCCCAGUCUGCUAUCCAAACGUAAGAAGGUCAAGAUGAAGCGUGAGAGAGCGGCGGCCGCGGUGGCGGCGGCGGUCUCCGGGAAGCGGGGAAGUGGAGGCGCGCGCUUGUCGGAGAGCGACAGCGCCCUGCUGAACAUGGCGGCGAGUAAACCCGAGGACAUGCUGUGGUUCCACCGCGGCCUCACGCUCCUCAUGAUACUACGACAUCUCACCAACAAGGACCCGCAGGGCUUAAGCGUGACCAGUGACGCCGUGACGGACGCCUGCCAGGCGCUGGUGGGCCCCACGGCCCACAGCCGCCUGCUGGUGCUCUCGGGGAUCCCCACGCACCUGGAGGAGGCAGUGGUUCGAAACGCUAUCCGCAGGGCUUGCAACGCACACGGAGGGCUCUUCAAAGACGAAGUCUUCAUCCCGCUGCAGGAAGAGGACCCUAAGAAGCCCAAAGCCGGAGCCGGGGUUUCUAGCCCUCAGGAUGGCAAAGCGGGCUCUGAACCGGAGCGCCCGUUCCCCAACAGCGGAGUUCCUGAGAGUCCCGACAGCUCCAGCAGCGUGACACCGGCUAUGAGCGUGAGCGCUUCGGCUUCCACCAGCCAGACUUCGAUCUGCAGCUCUUCUCAGGGAGUGUCCCGCACCGCCAGUGAGCUCUCCGUUGACCAGGAGCCGUCAGCUGGUCCCCCUCUCACCACCGCUGCUGCUGCCGCUUCGGCCAUUACAUACCCUCAGCAGGGCCCCCAAGACACUCAGACUGUUUCUAGUCAGGAGAGUCUAGACACCUCCUUGUGUAGUACAGGAAGCCUGGGCAGUCUCGGCAGCUUAGGGGAGCCUCUCGACAACUCGGAAACGCCAUCAGCGUCAGACGGAGGGUCCAUGCACACCGUCACCUCGCUGGAGAGCAAUGCAGUCAUGGCCAGGCCCAUCAAGGGCUAUGCUGUCAUUGAGGUUCGUUCUCGGGCCAAAGUGGAAAAGAUCCGUGCCAGUCUUUUCAAUAGCAGUGACCUGAUUGGCUUGUCCAGUCUGGACGGGGAGGAGGAUCUAAUGGAGUUGACCAAUGAGGAGAUCCUCACAGCCUCCAGUGUUAACCAAAGCCUGUUUGACACGCAGGGAAGCUCUGCUCUUGAAGACUACUUCCUGGACAAGUCAGUCAGAGGUGACAAGCUUGUACCUGGAGCCCGAGAUGUUCUCACAGACAUCUUUAAGAGCUGUGUGCACUCGGAGCAGAUGCUCAGCCUCACGCCGGCUAAGCCGGUUAAAGUGUCGGACAUUUACCUCAGCAAGGAGCAGAUCAACGCGCAGACACCUGGCAACCUGCUGCAUACCUUCUUCACCAACGUUAGGCCUCCAAAGAAAGUUGAGGACCAGCUUACUCAGAUUCUAAGAAAGUACGGCACCCCCAAGCCCAACAAGAACAAAUACAGCAAAGCAGGAAAGGAACAGCACCAAGGCAAGGUAGUAAGCACCAAGAGGCCCAUCACCAAACCGCCCACCAAGGAGAAGUCUGUGCUCAACAGUGUCAGGACUGCUCUGAGUGAGAAGAAGACAGUCCUGAAGCCCAAAUCUCCCGAGAAAUCCAGACCUGAUGAGAAAGAUGUGGACAAAUCUCCUGCUAAGAAAGCAGAAGUCCCAGAGGAGAAGUACCUGACACUGGAAGGCUUCCAUAAGUUCACCGUUGACCGUGCCAAGCAGGACAUCCGUAGCGUCUGGAGGGCGAUUCUGGCGUGUGGUUACGACCUCCACCUGGAUAGGUGCACCUGUAUAGACACUCGGCACGCCCAGAAGGCCUGCAGGAAGUGGAAUUUGGAGAUGGACGUGGCAUUGGUCCAGUACAUCAACAGGCUGUGCCGUCACCUGGCCAUCACACCCGCCCGACUGCACCCCCAUGAAGUGUACCUGGACCCCGGAGACGCUGCGGAUCCCCGAGUGGCCUGCCUGCUCAACGUGCCUGUGGAGAGCAUGCGCCUCCGUUUUGCUCUGCUCCAGUCCCUCAACAACACGCUGGAGAGCUUCUUCCUGCCGCUGGUGGAGCUGAGACAGACACACACCUACCAGAACAGCAUUGCAGCGCUGUUAUGUGAAGCCAAAGGUCUGAACUUCUACGACACCAAGGUGACGGUAAUGAACCGAGUCCUGAAUGCAACAGUCCAGCGGACGGCUGACCACGCCGCCCCAGAGAUCACUCUGGACCCUCUGGAGAUUGUUGGAGGUGAGAUCCGAUCGUCGGAGAACACGUACUUCUGCCAGGCGGCACGCCAGCUAGCCUGCGUGCCGUCGUCCCAGCUGUGUGUGAAACUGGCGAGCGGAGGAGACCCGACCUACGCCUUCAACAUCCGCUUCACUGGAGAGGAAGUUCACGGCACAAGUGGCUCCUUCAGACAUUUCCUCUGGCAGGUGUGUAAGGAGUUACAGAGCUCGGCUCUUUCCCUGCUGCUCCCCUGCCCGAGCGCUGCAGCCAACCGGAACAAGGGGAAGUACAUCCUGACGCCUUGCCCUAUCAGCUACGCAGAGGAACAGCUGUUGCACUUCUUCGGUCAGCUGCUCGGUAUUGCCAUCCGGGCAGAUGUGCCCCUUCCUCUGGACCUGCUGGGCUCCUUCUGGAAGGGUCUGGCGGGCGAGGGUCUGGACCCGGAGCAGGACCUGCAGGAGGCCGAUGUGCUCACCUACAACUACGUCAAGAAGUUUGAAAAUGCGAGCGAUGAGACGGAGCUGGAGGCGCUCUGUGCUGAGAUCUCCUCCCAGCACCACUCGGGAGAGAGCCCCGACUCCCCCAGCCGCCCCUGCUGCACCUUCACCUACGUCACGAUGACGGGCGAGGAGGUGGAGCUCUGUCAGGGAGGCCGCAGCCUCUCCGUCAGCUGGGAGAAUAAGGACAUGUAUGCGCGGGCGGUGCGGGGCCUCCGCCUCAGGGAGCUGCAGAACGCGGAGUGCAUGGCGGCGGUGCGUGCGGGGCUCGGCUCCAUCAUCCCCCUGCAGCUGCUCACCAUGCUCAGCCCCUCGGAGAUGGAGCUGCGCACCUGCGGCCUCCCUUACAUCAACCUGGAGUUCCUCAAGGCUCACACUAUGUACCAGGUGGGUCUGAUGGAAACCGACCAGCACAUUGAGUUCUUCUGGGCCGCCCUGGAGAUGUUCACCCAGGAGGAGCUCUGCAAGUUCAUCAAGUUCGCCUGCAACCAGGAGCGGAUCCCGUUCACCUGUCCCUGCAAGGACGGCGGGCCCGACACCGCCCACGUGCCCCCCUACCCCAUGAAGAUCGCCCCUCCUGACGGAGCUGCAGGUCAGCCCGACGCACGCUACAUCCGCGUGGAGACCUGCAUGUUCAUGGUGAAACUGCCCCAGUACACCUCUCUGGACGUGAUGCUGGACAAACUGCGAUAUGCCAUCCACUACCGCGAGGAUCCUCUCAGCGGCUAAGACCACUUGGGGGGACCCCCACACCCCUUAUAUUGCCACACGAAUACCCCUGACCCCCCCUUUACCCCUGGACCUCCCUCUGAGACAGACCACGCCGCUGCUCCGACACAACCACACAUUUAAUUCAGUUUGAUUUCAGGUGGCGACCGACGCUUUGCAUGUUUAUCCCUGCUUCCUUUUUUAAAAUGUAGUUAUUUAUACAAAUACUUUCUUUCACAUUUAUGUUUGACAUUUGAUUUCUUGUGAAUAAUUCAGGGAAGAUAAUCCGACGCUGUUGGCAGGCGUCUGUUCUGGUUGCACUGAGUUUGUGGAUGGCAUUGAAGUGACACAACUGUGACCCAGGUUUUUAGAGUUUCCCCUUCCCUUGAACUGAGGGCGUAACAAGGUUCAAGUUCUGUGAAUUUAUACU